AUGAACCUUUGGGGCUUUCCAAAUAUUUGCGAUGUGCCUUUUGUCUUCACAGCUAACUUCUUACCUCUCAGUGUCAUCUUCUGGAGUGAAUCAGCCUGUGAGGAGAAGUGCCAGUGCAUGUUGGACACUCAUACAGUGAUAUGCCAGGCUGAAGGCUGCUCUGUAGAUGAGGCCUGCCAGCCGGUUUCCUGGUACCACGUGUGCCAGCCUAUGCACAGUGCAUCCUGCCAAGUCUUAGGUGGACAACAUUAUACCACCUUUGAUGGCCGACUGUACCAUUUUCAAGGUGAUUGCACUUACGUGUUGUCUCAGGUAUGUGCACCCUCGCACAACGAAAGCCUGAUUUACUACCAGUUGGAAGCCAAGGUACAAGGAACCGCCUUAGGUGCACCACACGUAGACUAUUUGCGCCUGAUAGUCUAUGGGCAGGACAUAGUUUUGAUGACCAACUCUACUGGGCAUGUCAUGAUUGGUGGAAUAAAGACCCUUCUUCCUGUGGUCCUUCUUGGUGGCAAGAUCCAAAUGCGUAAGAGUGGCUUCUCCAUGAUGAUAGAUACUGACUUCGGAGUAUCAGUUUCUUACACUGGCAAUCAACAUGUGGAGAUUGGAGUUCCUGCCAGAUAUCAAAAUGUGACUUGUGGCCUCUGGAUCGUUGAAUGGUAAUCAGUCAGAUGACUUCUCAACCCCCAAUGGAUCCUUGGUGGAAUCGGUGACUCUAUUUGCUCGAAGCUGGCAGGUCAAAAAUUUUGCGGACCAUUGUGGGGACAUCCAACCAUCACCAACUUGCCCCCUGACUAAAUUGGCCAAUUAUUCCGGCUCAGAACACUGUGGCAUUUUAGAAAAAUCCCCAGGUCCUUUUGCUAAGUGUGCACAGAUGGUGCCUGUAUCUAGCUUUAUGGAAGUCUGUCUUAAUGAUGUUUGCACAUCUGGAGGGAACCAGACGGUGCUAUGCAAUCUCCUCCAUAUUUACACUGAACGUUGUCAAGCAGCCAACAUCACAGUUGGGCAAUGGAGAGAAGAGACAC